UGCGAUAGAGAAGGCGAUCUAUGGAGGAAUGUUUUAGUGCUGAUGUGUUUAUGCUUUUUGGGGAAUUUCUCUUCUUGCGGAAGAUCAGUGAAUCUUUAUGUGCAGUAGUGCUGACCUGUCUGGUGCUGACAUGUUUGUUCCUGGCCCUCUCGGCUUUUGUUUUUUUGUUUGUUUGCUUCCUAUUUUUGGGAUUUAAAUGAACUUGGAUUGUUUACGACCAAAAAAAAUUUAAAAAAAUUUAAAAAAUUGUAAAUCUUUUGGUAACGUUCUUUUGCUUUUACCAAUAAAUUUGAAUACGCGGGGAUCUUGAUUCUUUUCCAAAAUAUAAAUAUUAGAUUCAUCGAUCAACCAUAAAAUCCAAUCCAGUUAAACUAAUAAGAUGAUUCGUAACUUAUUGAAAUGGAAAAUUUACACAAAUUCUUAUAUAUGUGGCCUACUUGGUUUCCUGUGAUAUCUAAGGUGAUAUCUAAGGUCAUCAUUUCUAAGAAAAUGCUACUUUCUGAGUAAUAUAUCUGGAUUCCUGAUCGUAAUUAACAUGGAAAAAAAUAAUUCUCAAUCACCAAGAUCUAAAUUAUCUAUUUUGAUGAAUUUGUUGGAUAAGCAUUAUUUUUUCUCUCAUCGGGUGCUAUAUAUAAUGUUACAUAGCCUAGUGGAUUUCUCAAACUAAUCAUAUUGUUAUAAAAACAUAUUUGAUACUUGUCUUUCAACCGGUGGACUCCAGUAUUCUUUUUCUUCUGCUGCUUCAAAUUUGGUUUAGUUUUGUGAAAAAAUGCAGGACAUACUUAUUAGCUUUUUCAUAUUUUGCAUUGCUUCAUCUCAGUUACUUGGUAUUGUGUACAGCAAAACAACAUUUGAUGUUGUCAAAUUUGGUGCUGUUGGAGAUGGACAAACUGAUGAUACAGAAGCUUUUGUAAAAGCAUGGACAGCCUUAUGUGGAGCAGCUGCAGGUGGUGAUGACGUACCAACACUUACUAUACCAGGGGGAAAAACAUUCUUAUUGCAGCCCUCGGAAUUUGAAGGUCCCUGCAAAUCAAAGAGUGUUCAUGUGCAGGUCUCGGGUAAUUUGGUGGCACCCAAAACACCCGAUGCAUGGAAAGUGUGUCCACCACAUAGUUGGCUUGUAUUUAGAAAAGUGGGCAAUCUCAUAAUCGAUGGUUCAGGAAAAAUCGACGGUCAGGGUUCAACUUGGUGGGGCGAAGAUAGCUCUUUGAUAAAUGCUCUACACUUCCUCCGAUGUGAUCAUCUUCGAUUGAGUGGACUUACUCAUAUAAACAGCCCAAGAUCUCAUAUUGGUAUAAGCACAAGCAAUGACGUGGAGAUCUCCCAUCUUACUAUAAUUGCACCUGAUGAAAGUCCAAACACAGAUGGAAUUAACGUCACAAACUCAACCUAUGUCAAUAUUCAUGACUCUAAAAUUGGAACUGGUGAUGACUGCAUUACAAUCAUGUCUGGUUCUUCCAAUGUUAGGAUAGCCAAGAUUGCUUGCGGACCAGGUCAUGGAAUUAGUGUGGGAAGCUUAGGAGCAGAUGGGGCUUAUGCUGCAGUGGAAAAUGUAUACGUGAGAGAUUGUAGUUUUAUAGGAACUCAAAAUGGAGCAAGAAUCAAGACAUGGCCGGGUGGAUCCGGAUAUGCUAGGAAUAUAACCUUUGAGCACAUCACACUUACCGCAACUAAAAACCCCAUCAUUAUUGACCAACAAUACUGCAACGGUGCUCACGAUUGCGCAAAGCAGAGCAAAGCUGUGCUGGUGAGCAAUGUGAGAUUCACUGAUUUUAGAGGAACUUGUGGAAAUGAGGAGGCCAUCAAAUUAGACUGCAACCACAUUUCGGGUUGUCAAAACAUUGAACUGGUGAAAAUAAAUAUCACCUCAACGGUUCCAAGUAAGAAGGUUUAUGCAAGUUGCAACAAUGCCAAAGGAAAUUCCGGCUCUACUGUGCCCACUGUAUCUUGCCUCAAUGGUGCUGGUGAUGGUGGUAAUGGCAGUGGUGGUGGCGGUGGUGGUAAGGGCGAUGGAUAUGAGAGUGGGGGUGUUGGUGAUGGCAGGGGUGAUGGUAUUGGAGGUGGGGAUAAUGGUUUUUAG